UGUGUAGCGUUAUGAAAGCAGAGCGGUGGGAAUGACAACGGAGUCACAGCAAAGAACCCCCCUUAAAACCGAGAUCCGCUGCGAUGCUUCGUGUCACCACUACGUCUCUGUGUGCCUCCUGCCAGAAGAUGAGGCUGUUCCUGCCUCCCUUCGCCUCCCUCACAUCCCACAGCAAACGGGAGGAGAAUCAACGCACGGUUGACUCUCUGUACGAAUUGUCAGUGGACAUCAGAAAAGUCCGCAAACUCAAGGGUUGGGUUUUGUCUGAGAAGACCGCAUAUGUGGCUGAGACAGCCGGUCUUCUGAGAGACAUGGGCGCUGACACGGUGGUGAUCGCCUACAUCCUUGAGACCCACCCCGAGGCCAUCUUGUGCCCGCCAGAGAACGUGGAUGCCCAGCGGGACCUCUGGGGGUCGGUAUGUUCCGGCCAACGCUCCCUUCUGAGCAUCAUCAAAAAGUUCCCAGCUUCCUUUUUCACCGUAAGCCACCACAGCAACCAGCGGGCCAACAUCCUCUACCUCCAGAGACUUCGCCUCAACAAGAAGAUCAUCAGCAAGCUGAUGGCCAGCGCGCCGCAGAGCUUCAGUCGACCCGUGGAGAGCAACCAGGAGGUGAUCCACACCCUCAGAGAGACCUACUUGGACCUGGGUGGGGAUGAGGGUAAUCUCCGGGUUUGGCUGCAGAAGCUCCUCAGCCAGAACCCGUACAUCCUCCUGCGUCCAGCGGAGACCUGGAGGGACAGUUUGGGCUACCUGAGGGAGUGGGGCUUCACCACGGAGGAGCUGCUCAGCCUGGUGUUCAGCCUCCGAACCUCCAUCUCCGAGCUGCAGCCUGAAGCCAUGCAGCAGGCGCUGGCCUACGUCCAGGAUGCUCUCAGCUGCUCUGAGGACGAACUGAAGCAGGUCGUGAUCUGCUGCCCGGCCGUUUUGUACUACUCACUGGCCACGUUGGCGGGACGCUUUCAGGGACUGAUGGACGCCGGGGUGAGCGUCGAGCAGGUGAAGGAAUCCCCGAACGUCCUGGAGCUCACCACUCAGAUAGUGCUGUAUCGGAUCCAGAAGCUAGCAUCCUACGGGUACGACGUUCACUCCGGCAGCUUGGACGUAAUCGUAGGAACCAAGAAGGACUUUGAGAUGAGCUACGCCAAGCUGAACCUCCGGCAGCAGAGGCCGCUCUUUAACCCUGUGGCUCCACUCAGGACUGCUGAGGAGUGAAGAAAGAAACUCUAAUGCUAAUAAACUGGAGUUUGGUAGAUGUUGACGUAGUACAGCACAUUACUUUAAAAAUCUUUCAAAUGUGGAUACUGGCUUAAAAAUGUAUAUGCUCAACCCUCAAUGUAUGGUUCUGAUAUUUCUCAUUGGCCUCUUGAAUUUUGGGACAACAGACAUUUUUCAAAAUGGCCACUGUUUUUAAGUUUUAAAUUUUUCAGUGGCUAAUUUUUGAUUCAUUUAUUUUUCUAAAAUGCAAGCCCCUUGGAACAUUGUGCCAAGUUAGGGUCUUGUAUCCGUAUUUGAAAGAUUUUGAUGAAAUAUUCAAUUAUCUGCAGCACCAAUCUGUAAGUUAUUCAAAUCUUACAAACAUCGGGAAAUACCCAACAUAAGAGCUUCUUCUUGUUGCCUUAAUGACUGUUUAUACUUUUGCCUGACAGCUGAUUAUGUUUGUGGGAAUCUACUCACUUUGCUGUGACCUUACUUUAUUAAUUUGUUUAAAAAUAUAGCUUUUGUGGGAAGAGAAGCAGCCUUUAGUUUUAAUACUCCUCUAAUCUGGAAUAAACGUUGUUUAAAUCAAGGUUAAAACCAUAUUUGGUUAGGAUUGCCUUCAAUUAAUAACUGGGACAUCAUUAGUUUUAGUCUAGAUUGCAACUCUUUAUUAUUUUCCUUUAAUUUGCCACUGCAAUGUUCUAUUAUCUCGAUCUUAUAAAGCUUUAUGAGCUACCUUGUUGCUGAAAUAUGACCAGGUGCAGAAGCAACAUAAUGAUCAAAUGGUAAACUAUAUAAACUCCUCAUAUGUUCAAG